UCGGCUGCACGUCUCCGGCAACCUGUGGCUAGGUAGUUAGCCGCCGAGCUAAUUUACCAGAAAACGGCCUGUGCUUUUUAAUAAACGUUAGCUUCGCAGGAUUCGGCGGCUCCUCGCGGUGAAGGUGUUCAUCAGGCAGCGGCUCCAGUUUCUGUCCCGCCUGUUGGAUCUGAGCGUCAGGAUAGGGAAGCAAAGUGAAGGGGCAGCUGCCGGCGGAGCAGCGAGCCAGGUGGACAAAAUGUCAGAGAGUCCAGAGAAAAGCGCCUCGGUGUCGGCUCAGGAGCUGAAGGAGCAGGGAAACCGCCUCUUUCUGAACCGCAAGUACCUGGAGGCUGCUUCCUGCUACAGCAAAGCCAUAAGCCACAGUCCCUCUGUCCCGGCGUACUACACUAACAGGGCACUGUGCUACGUGAAGCUGCAGCAGUACGACAAAGCUCUGGCAGACUGCAGACACGCUCUGGAGCUGGACAGCCAGUCGGUCAAAGCUCACUUCUUCAUGGGCCAGUGUCACCUGGAGAUGGAGAACUAUGACGAAGCCAUCGGCAACCUGCAGAAAGCUUAUAACCUGGCUAAAGAGCAGCGUUUGAACUUCGGUGAUGACAUCCCCAGCGCUCUGCGGAUAGCGAAGAAGAAACGCUGGAACAGCAUGGAGGAGAGGAGGAUCAACCAGGAGAGCGAGCUGCACGCCUACCUCACCAAACUCAUCCUCGCUGAGAAAAAGAGAGAACUGGACGGCUGCAGACAGAGACAAGAGGACAAGACUGAGGACAGCAGAAUUCAACACAAUCUCAACGAGAUCCACACGAAACACGACAAGUAUCUCUCAGACAUGGAGGAGCUGUUCUGUCAAGUAGAUGAGAAGAGGAAGAAGCGUGAGAUCCCAGACUUCCUGUGUGGAAAGAUCAGCUUUGAGCUGAUGAGAGAGCCCUGCAUCACUCCCAGCGGCGUCACUUACGACCGGAAAGACAUCGAGGAGCACCUGCAGCGAGUCGGACAUUUUGACCCGGUGACGCGCACCCCACUGACCCAAGACCAGCUCAUCCCCAACCUGGCCAUGAAGGAAGUAAUUGAUGCUUUUAUUUUGGAGAAUGGGUGGGUGGAGGACUACUGAGCAGUGAGGAGGAAGGGAUUUUACUUUGAGUUUCUGAAUCAAUCAGUGUGUUCGCUCAUGUGUUUGAGCCGUUGCUCCGUCUUUGGUUCGAUGUCCAGAACAAAUCACGUGACCUGACUCUCCUGCAGUUUGAUGAUCAGCUGCGUUUUAGCUUCAGUAACAGCUGGAAAUCACCAAACAGCCAUUUCAGUUUUACUGGUCCAUAUUUUCUGAAUAAUUUCUCAGAGUUACCUGAAUUUUCUACAUAUGGCACCUUAUUACCAAACAGUCACAGAAUGUUUUACAGGAAUGAGAAACAGGAGAAGGGAAAGAAGAUGAAAUGAGAGGAUCAUCAGCACGCGUGUACCUGUGAGGUAGUUUAAUGUUCUGUUACAUGAAUAUAUUUCAGCACAAAAUACCCCGUUACAAGUGAAACUCCCACGUUCAAAAUUUUACUUGAGUAAAAUUCCAGAUGUUUAAUCAGCAAAACGUUGAAUCACCCAUCCAGAGCCCGUUCAGGGUAAACUGGACCCAGUUACUCUCCACCAAUCAGAACAUGUUUCUGAUUCAUCGACGUCCAGCUGCAGCAGACGUCUGCUUUAAGAACAAAUCCCACUUCAGUUUCUAUGUGAAUUCAAAUAAUUUAUUGUUGCUGUGACUGAAAGUAGAUUGAGACAAAUCAGCACUUUGACUUCUUGGUAUUUUCGUGUAGUGAUUUGUUUUAAUGUCGUAUGAACAACACUGAAAAAGCAGCAAUCAAAUUUAAAGUGAAGAAUUUAAAUGUCAGCAUGUCUGUUCUUUAAUGUCACUCAGUUCAAUGAAUGAACGACAGGAAGUGAAACUCCAUGCGCGGCGCUCAGGCUUUGAACGGCCUGUUGGACGGAGCGUUGGUUUAAACCUCAGAUGAUUUCAAACGAGUCAGAGUUUCAGAAUUCAGGUUCAGAUUCAGACCAAUGAGAAACGUUCGGUGGAAACAUAACAAUAAUAUUUAAAAUAUUAAUUCUUCCUGUGACAAUUUGACGGAACUGAACCAGCAGCAAUAAUCCAGAACAGACACGUGCAGAGGGAUCCGAUCCAGAAAGACCAGAAGAUGCUCUGAAGGAGAAAUGUUGUGUUUGCUGGCAAACAGAGAGGAAACUGUGUGUGUGUGUGUGGGUGUGUGUGGGUGUGUGUGUGUGUGUGUGGGUGUGUGUGGGUGUGGGUGG